AUGAAAUUCGGUGUAGACUGGAAGAGUUCGUCCAAAUCUCAGACCAUUUUCUGGCAUAAAACUCGUUUUAUUAUUGCUAUAUUAUCAGUAUCAUGUAUCACAAUGAUUCAGUUGAACUCGUUGAUUUUCAAUUUUUCCGUGAUUUGUAUGGAUGAUUUGGUUGAACAACAUUAUUUGAAUAAUAAUUCCGAAAAACAUUGGCUUGAGACAAAUGCAGACAAAUCAUUUCUUCUUUCUGGGGUAGGUGUUGGAUCAUUUUUCGGCUUAAUUCCUGCAAUACCAUUGAUAAGCAUUCUUGGAGUUCGAUGGCUUCUCACCAUUUUUGGAAUAGUGUCUGCUCUUGCCACAAUUCUAUUUCCAUUUUCUGCCACAGUUGAUCGAAAUGCAGUAUUCUUGUGCCGUUGCCUACAAGGGGUUGGAUCGAGCAUCCUUCUGACUGUUGUUGGAAUGAUUCCGCGUGCUUGGUCUCCCAUGAAUGAGCUCGCCACCUACUUGGCCGUUAUUUCCUGUUCUUUCCAACUGGCAAACAUAAUUUGCAUGCCAGUUGCUGGUUUGCUCUGUGAAUCUUCAAUGGGUUGGAGAUCAAUAUAUUAUAUAUUUGGAUUUCUAACUUUGCUCUUUCAUUUCAUCUUCUUCUUCUUCUACACCGACUCUCCAAAACUCCAUAAAAAUGUCUCAUCUCUUGAGUUGUCGCGAAUUGAGAAAGGAAAAAACGAAGGAGCGAAUAUUCAGAGCAAGACGCCAUACAGAGAAAUGUUCAUGGAUAAGUGCAUCGUUUCGGUCUGGAUAUCAAGACUUGGAGGCAAUCUUGGAUUCUUUCUUCUAAUUCUGUACGGACCAAGCUAUUUGAGAAAUGUUCUUGAUUUUGAUGUAAGAGGAACCGGCUUCGCAACAGCACUUCCAUACGUUCUCUCGAUUAUUGUGAAGACUCUUGGAGGGCAGAUAUCGGACCGAAUGACGAUGGUUUCAGAAAAAAUUCGCUUCACAUUUUGUGCUCUUCUAUCACAAAUCGGCGUAGCGUUUGGAUUCGUUAUUAUGUCAUUUACAAGAAAUAAAUCAAUUGCUCAAUUCGCAUUCACGUUGUCAAUUGUAAUGGCUGGCUUAAAUAUUGUAGGCACUGUAAAAUGUCUACAAUUGAGAGCUCGACACCAUGUUCACUUUGCAAUUUCGAUAGUCGGUCUUCUUGGAUGCAUCAUCCUUUGGAUUGCACCUAUUCUUGUCGGAUUCUUUUGUCCUGACAAUUCCCCUGAACAGUGGUCAAAGUUUUUCCUCGGAAUUGCGGUCAUCGUGAUCCUCACAAACAUCCCUUUUCCAUUCUGGUCAACCGACGAAACGGCAAACUAUGCGAAACCUUCUCAUUGUACAAUUGAAAAUGUCGAUCUGAUGCGAACUCCGGAACCAACCCAAACAAUGGAUGAAAAGUUUCAUUGUCUUGACGAUCUUAUUAAUUUUGUUGGUUCAAGUUAUCCAUUUUUUCGGGUUCAUGUUCUACCAGUGCUAGUUGUUUCAUUUCUGAUUUUCUUCGUCAGCAGAUUGAUGACAAUAAUGCAAGAAGCUAAAUUGGCGCAUAAAGAAAUGAAUAAACGCUAUAGUAUCUAUGUCGAGUGUAUUAAAGGAAGUAAAGAUGCGCAAGAUCUCUCUGGUCAAGCUUCGUUUCUCACUAAAGAUUUUCCGAGUUGGGAUUUUUCGAUAACGCUAAUUGCACUUCUCACUUUUAGUUUAACAUUGAGCAGUCAAAAGAGUGUCGCGAUAUUUUCGCUUAUGUGCCUCGUUCCAACACUGACUUUGCACAUUUUCUUAGGAGAACUUCAACAAACUAAUACAUUGCUUAUUCAAAUCUUUCUUGAGUUUUAUCGCCACGUUUCCAUGAUAAAAGUAAUGGAAUCUGUUCCCGCAAACCAUCGAUUAGUAAGCCUUGGACUUAUUGAACUAACUGGAAUUAAUCGACCCAUCGAAUCAAUUGUCGAUGCAUUGGCGUUUGCCAAAGUCGAAUAUGACGAAUAUGCGAUCGAGACAUUAUGGAGAAUCCUUAAAAAUUGGAGAAUUCUCAAAGAAGUGUUCACCGCUGGAAUACUCUUAGGAACCUGCUCCUCGAUUAACGGAUUCGUUGAAGAGCAACUUGCUCAAACGUUUUCUCUCCAGUUUUUCGACAAAGGUCUUGUUAUGCCAAUUUCCUAUGGCGCAGCUUCGUUUGUCACAAUUUUGAUUGCAUUUGCUUUACCAAAACAUCGACUUCUCAGUAUUGUAUUUUUCGCGCCAAUCUUGUUGGCAUUGUUAGCAUUCAUUGAUGGUUUGACUCUAUACCGAUAUAUGAUCGACAUAUGCAUUGAAAAAGUAACAAUCACAGGAAUCAAAGCUGUUUUUUACAUGAGUGCCGCAAUAACCGCAUCGAUAAUUACAGAUGUAAUUGUAUUCCUUGUUAAAGUUCAUGUGUGUGAAUACGUUCCGACGCUUGCGCGCCUUCCGAUGAUGGCCCUUCUCACAUACAUUCAAUUUAAUUUCAACGGCGACGUUCGAGAUUUAUAUUCGGAGAAAAGCAUUGGAUCUGGAGCUUCGAUGGCUCUUUGCGGAUUUAUAACAAUGCUUGUAUUCCUUUUAGAUGCGCAGAACACUACAAUUAUGAAUGAUUACUUUUCUGAUUUAUUGGUUUGA